AAUAAUAAUAGUGUUAUAGUUCCCUCAUCAUCAUCAUCAUCAUCAGUCAUCACCAUCACAGGUUAGAGAUGAUGAAAAGCUGAAACAUAAGCCCAAAAAAAAAGCUAAGGUAGAAGAUCCACCUCGAACCUCUCUCCACCUUUCUCCUCUCAUCAAUCUCCUGAUUCCUCCUUCUUCUCGAUCGAAUCGAGCUUAUUGCAUUUGGGUAUUGGCCGUUUCAGCUGAAGACUCGUUCAUUUCUUGCGCGGUUCUGGGUUCAAUUCGGAUCGAAUCUCCUCGGAAAUUCUCUGGGAUUUGUUUUUUCUUUUUUCGGGUAGACUGUGAUUGUCGGGUGAUCUCUAUCGUCGUUUAUCUCAUUGGGUUUCUGAUCGGCAGGUGAACUUCCGAGUCUUUCGCUUAUCGGGUUUUGUCUGAAGAUGAGGGAGGAAGAGUCCAACUGGUUCGCCAGAUGGGAAGAAGAGCUUCCGUCCCCAGAGGAUCUCAUCCCUUUGUCCCAAUCUCUAAUCUCUCCCGAUCUCGCCCUCGCCUUCGAUAUCCGGAGCCCUAACCAUGGAAUCUGCCAUUCCGGUCACACCCACCACCAGACCACAGCGCACCAGCCUCCGCCGCCGUCUUCCCAAGCCAACUCCUCCGCCGAUUUCGCCGCUGACUCGGCGGAUCUGGGCUCAGGAGCCGCCGGGGACGAGUCAGCUCGGACGUUGAAGCGGCCUCGACUCGUCUGGACACCCCAGCUGCACAAGCGGUUCGUCGACGCAGUCGCUCAUCUAGGAAUCAAGAACGCGGUCCCGAAGACCAUCAUGCAGCUGAUGAGCGUCGACGGUCUGACCAGAGAGAACGUCGCCAGCCAUUUGCAGAAGUACCGUUUGUACCUCAAGAGAAUGCAGGGCUUAUCCUCCGGCGGCGGAAACGGCGGAGUUUCCGGUUCUGAUCCGGCGACCGACCGUCUGUUCGCAAGCUCACCGGUACCUGCCCAUUUCUUGCAUCCGACAAGGGCGGCGAGUUCGGAGCAUUUCACACCGUCUUUUGUCCCACUGGCGACAUUACAGCAGCAGCAGAUGACCGCCGGGAGCCACCACCUGCAGCCCCCGCAGUUCCACCACCGGCAAAUGGGCCAUUUCGAGAACUCGUUCUUGGCAAGGCAGACACAGCAACAGGCUCAGAGAAUGGCUGCGCCAUUGCAAUUGCACAGUCCAGUGGGGGGUAAUAGCUAUGCAGAAGAUUUGGAAUCUGCAAAUGCAGGAGGAGGGAGGACGGUGUUGACUCUAUUCCCAACUCGAGACGAUUGAAUGUUUGGUGAAAAUUUUGUUAAAGAACACUUCACUCAAAUCGGUUCUCUGUCUUUGAACUGGAAAUGGCUCUCCUCGGCCAGUUUGUAUAAAAAAAACGAGUUCACCACGUAUAUUCCGCAUGGAAGGAAGGGACACUUACUAGAUGUGCUGUAACUUUAUUACCUGAUCAUGUUCCUCAGUUUCAGUUUGGUUUUUUUCCAGAUCA